AUGUCGUUUCGACCUCCCAGAACACUCCCCAUUCUCACUCUUUUCCACAAUGCCAAUAUCGCCCAAUCGCGUGCUGCCUUAGAAAUGCUCAAGCGCUCAUGUCGACGCGAGGAUGGCAAUGAUGCCUAUCGAGUGGACGUUAUGGACAAGGACGACAAGCCCACGAUAGACCAACUACGUCAAAUUGCCAGUUUCCUUCCCAAGCAAGGUGCCGAGUCAGCAUGGCAUCGUAUGGUGCGACCCGAUGCUCACGUACAAGAUUGGGCCGAGAUAGCUAGUGUCAUCCACGAUGAUCCAGGCUUAUUGCAACGACCCUUGGUGGUGGAUUGGAAUCGCGGUGCAGCAGCUAUUGGUCAACCCACCAUUGAUAGCAUUGAACAACUCAUCAAAGAACGUAUCAAUCAGAAAUCAUCAUAA